AAAUGAUAACAUGCGUAUUUUCGCUUCUUAUGCAGAUCGAUGUACACAUGUGGCUGUAACAAUGCACCCCGUAUCUUGAUCAAUGGAAGAGCGGCUUUCCACUGGUCAUGGUGUGAUUAUUUUUAAGAUGUUAUACACACAAAAUUUGAAUGCCCUCGAAAGGGGAAAAAUGUGGAUUUGCCCGUCGCACGAAGGACUGGUCAGAAAGAUGGAACAAGGAUUUCGUACAAGCGGUAUUAUUAUGAGAGAUACAAGAUACAAAUUCAGGUUGACAACCAUCCCCUGUUGGUCUCCAAGACGCCAGCGAAAGAAAAGGAGAGCUGGUUUGCCGGACGUUGUAAUAUUAGUUGCGGAGUUAUGUCAAUUGACCGGUUUGACCGAAGAACAGCGGCGAAAUUUUACAGUUGACGUCCGCUUGGCGACUAAGACCAGAAUCCCACCGCUGUCACCAGUGUAACAAUGCACCCCGUAUCUUGUUCAA